UACCAUGCGUUUUUAUUUUGUUUGAAAACGCAGGAGUAAGUUGCACGAAUCUCCUCGCAAUUCACAAGUCACGAGAGCGUUUCCCGAUCUCCUUUUUCCUUCUCCAUCCAUCCAUUUCAGAUCCAUAGAAUCCGUGAAGAAGAAUAUCCAGCUUCAUCGGCUCUUUCUCCAGGUGUGUUUUGCAGUGUUCGCGGUUACCAUUUCGCUCCGACUUUGCUAUUUCGAGCAUGGUCGAGUCUUUGCUACAUUAGAAAAUGGGCAUAUCGACAACAAAAUACCCACAAUAAUCAUGAAACUCAAAGAAUGUUUGAAAAUCCAGCAACCGUCCCUUCUAACAGUCCUCAUCUCCGAAAGUCUGGUAGCAAAUCUGUUUUCUCAGAUCUAGGUGUGAGCGAGGUUCUAGGUAGCAUAUCAGAUAUGGGUGACUUGAAGAGUUCUAGCUCACCCCGGCCUGGAACAAUGAUGGCGCCUUCCCCUAUAUUCUUGUGGAGGUUUAAGGUCCUUUUGUUUCUCCUAUGGUCUCUCUGUUGUUGCAAGAUUGGAUGGGAUUCAGUCAUGAGAAUGAGUGUGGACUUGCGAGAUUUAUUCUUGUACGAGGUGUUUCUUUACUACAACCCUCUUCUUCUAGUGACAAUGGUGGUUUGGCUCUGGGGAGCAAACUUGUGGGUUUUUUCUCAAGGAAGUGUUAAUUAUGCCAAAGUCUUUGACCUUGACCAGAACCACCUUAGUCAUAGAGAGAUAUGGAAGUGUGGAAUGUGGAUGACAAUCAUCGUCCCAACUAGCAUGACAGCGUAUCUUUAUCUGUAUUCCCAUGGAGAAGUAUCAUUGGCUGCUUCACAACCGGUGCUCCUGUACCUUGCUAUUGCUUUGGUUCUGAUAUUUCCCUUUGAUAUUUUUUACUUGUCGACUCGAUAUUUUCUGCUGAGAACAUUAUGGCGUAUAGCUGUUCCACUGCAGUCUAUUACAUUUCCGGACUUCUUUUUGGCAGAUAUUCUGACUUCUAUGGCAAAGGUUUUGUCCGACUUAGAACGAUCCGUAUGUCGGAUGGUACACAGACAGGUUGCAACAAUAGCUUGGUUUGAAGCUGAUUCUGUCUGUGGCAGUCAUCAAAUCGCAAUUCCAUUGGUUCUUGUUUUCCCGUACAUCUGUCGUCUUAUGCAAUGUGUCCGGCAAUACAAGGAUACAAAGGAAAAAUCAGCUCUUCUGAAUGCUCUCAAGUAUUCAACAGCAGUGCCAGUGAUUUUCCUUUCCGCCCUCAAAUAUCACGUCCUGCCAGAGAGUUGGACCUCAUUUUACCGACCCCUUUGGCUUUUCUCGAGUGUCGUCAACUCGCUCUACUCUUUCUACUGGGAUGUAACCCGAGAUUGGGACUUGAGCGGUUUCACUAAGAUAUUCAAGUUCAGCCGACCAAGUUACUUAUCAAAUCUGUUAUACGGCCGCCAAUGGGUGUAUUUUUGGGUAAUAGGAAGCAAUCUGGUAUUGAGAUGUACGUGGACAUACAAGCUAUCAGCGCAUCUAAGGCAUAACUACAUAACGGUGUUCACAGUAUCAGCGUUGGAGAUACUGAGGAGGUUUCAGUGGGUAUUUUUUAGAGUGGAGAACGAGUGGAACAAGAUCACUAAAUCUAGCCUCCAACAUCAAUUGGGUGAUAUCUCUCUUGAACAAGAGAAGUUGCUCUCUUCUGCUGCCAACCUUCAUGUAUAGUCUACCAUGUCUUAGCUUUCCUUUUUUGGCUCCCCAAACUCCUCUCUACUUUUUUUUCCCUCUCUUGAAUCAGAAUAAUUCAAUUUAUAUCUGAACUCUGGGAUCUGGAACUUCGCAUCAGGGAAAAAGUUUUUUUUUUUUAAACAAUUGAGAUUCUGUGAGUGAAUGCAUAGAAGCAAAAAAGGGAAAAAGUGGGUAAAAGGUGAUAUUCUUACUA